AUGAUGUACUGCUCUCAGCGAAUUACUAAAGUGCUGAAGCGCCUUCAGCAUGAAUCAAAAUACAUACAAAUACGAAUGUAUCAGAUAUUGUUGAUAGAGGCCACUAUUCCCAUUGUGCUUAUACAUAUACCCUUAACAAUUUGCUGUGUUCUACCUUUAGUGGACCUCCAUGUAGAGGUGCUACUUGAGAUUCUUCCAUUACUCUUCGCUUGGUAUCCGGCUAUCAGUCCUCUGUUGAUCAUUUGGAGCCUGAAUAGAAAGAACAACUGGAGAAAGAAGAUCACUUCUUCUACUAUUGUUACCACACUGCAAGUAAAAUAUCGAUGA